CCUGGAACCAUCGGCGCAACCGGAAUUUCAACAGUUCUGCGCCACCACUCCACGCGCUGCGGCGCGAGCUAUCAAGGCGAGUGAUAACGGCAUGCGGGCUGGAGCCAAGGAAUUAGAAGAGCUGAUGGAUAGCGGUGCCCUAGAAGACGCGGUUGGCGGAGGAGGAGGGAGGAAGCGGAGGCCUAGAUGGUACGACGAGGUCCUAAAAAUGUAGGACGAGACGAUUGUUCCUAUCCAGAAUUCCUCAUGAUGUCCAAGUGCAACGCGUACAAGUUGUAGCUCGUGGUUAGUACAGAAAUGUUCAUGAAUAGCAUUUUUCAAUCUAUGAUCCACCAUAACAAACAAUCAGGUAUAAGCUCACCCUGCAUCGUCAAAAUCUGGCUCCGAUUGACGAAAGGGACAAGCCUUCAGUGGUGUCCAAUGCAGACGCGAAGAUUGACCCUAAGCCUCUCGCCGAAGCCCUUUUCAAGCUAACACCAGCACCGCCAGCAGCAGCUACAGUGACUGUUAUGGGAUGGGAAUAUCUAGAUCGUCGUAGAGUGUGUCUGCAGUUUUACAUAAGUAAGUAGCUGGUAUGGUGUCUAAUUAUUUGUUCCUCAUGGGAAAUGAAUUUUGAAUAUUGCCUCUACGCGAUCUGCACUUACUUAACUUCUAACAGCAACUACGACUUCAAGGCACAGCAACUGGGAGAUGAUCCUGACGACGAAGAAACUCCAGAGCAGAUCGCAGAGAAGAUGAGCGAUCUAGAUGACCGUCUAAUCGAUGAAAACACUCUGGAUGACGUUACACAGAGUUCUAUAAUUCCACCAAAUGCAGAUGUUGGGAGGCUGUUUUUGAUACCUGCUGUUCACCGUGCAAUGAGGAAUGUAGUGUCGGGUUAUGCUGGGGCAAGGGUGCGGAAGAGGAGAAGGAAGAAAGGAUCUGGAGAAGGUUUAGACGGACGGGCAAUGAAUUCUGAAAGAAAUAGCAGUUGUGCACAAGCCUUUGAGAGGAAGCAAAGAACAAGAACAGGCACGUUUUUUUGAUUGAGUGAGUCCUUGUUUUCAAUGUACGAUGGAUUGAGUUCUAGUUUCUUUUUGAUACAGUUGGAGUCUAGUGGCCGCGUUGCACAAGCGCCACGUCAACGAGCUA